CAUGCUAACUAUACAGAUUAUACACAAAAUAUGAGCGCCAUUGAACUGUUCCGAUUUCUGGGUGAGGACCUUAACAGACCACCCAGUCCAUCGCAAGACCCUCUUAAGCGCCGCCGAGCUACUCAAGGGCCAAAGACAACGAGAUACUGGCCUGGAAAGGCGCCCGAAUACGCCAAUGAAGGUCAAUCUAGCAGCGAUUCGGACUCUGAUGCGGAUUCAGAUGUCGCCAAAGCUGCCUUGGAACAAGAUCGCAGAUACUCAAGAUAUACAGCAAGUAAAGAUUCCGUUAGUGCUGAUAAUGAGGAUGUAACAGGAAGCGUUCGGCGUCGUGCCCCGGCAGCGACCAUAGUAAUAGAAAGGGAGACUCCAGCUGAAGAAGUACAGGAUUUGGGAAUUAAUAAAAACAAGGAACUUGAAAUACAAGUAGAAAAUCAGAACAUCCCACGUGAUCGUUCUGAAAUACGAGCACGAGCAAUGGCAUAUCGCAAAGAAGAAGAAUCAACAAUCGAACAAAAAACAGAAUUAUUAGAUCAAUCGGAAACGGAAUCAGAAGAUGAAUUAACAGAUGUAGACACGGAAGAGAGUGAACCUGUAACUUCGAGUCAAACAAUUAACGCAUUGGCAAAACCAGUAUUUGUACCAAAGAAAAGUAGAUUGACAGUUAAAGAAAAGAAAGAAAUUGAACGGGAAGAACAAAAAAAGAUAGAAGCCGAACAAAAGAGAUUAGAAGAAAGACGCAAACAAAGCAAAGAACUAGUUAUACAAACACUAGUUGCCGAAAACAUGCACCAAGAAAUCGAAAAUGAAGUCAAUUGUGUUGAUGAUAAAGAUGAACUCACAGAAGAAGAAUAUGAACUAUGGAAAAUACGUGAAUUAAAAAGGAUCAUUAGAGAUAGAAAUGAAAGGAAUGCACAUGAACGAUUGGCCGCUGAGGUUGAACGAAGAAGAGAAAUGACAGAAGAAGAAAGACUAGAAGAUGAUGAAAGAAUAAGACAAGAAAAGGGACCUAUAGCACCAAAGACCAAAAUCAAAUUCUUGCAGAAGUACUACCAUAAAGGUGCAUUCUUCAUGGAUAAACUGGAAGAUGGAUCUGAGCCAAUUUACAAACGAGAUUUCAAUGCACCUACAGCUGAUGAUUGUGUGGAUAAGUCACUCAUGCCAAAAUCAAUGCAAGUUCGACGUGGACAAUACGGAAAAAUGGGACGAAGCAAAUAUACUCACUUAACAGCAGAAGAUACCACCAAAUUCGAUAUGCCAUGGAGCCAACAGCCCGCGCCAUUUACACCUGCAGGUGCACGAGACUCAUUCGACAGACCCUCGAAAAAGUCUGCAAAGAAAAAUUGAUCAACACUAAGAAUCUAAAUAAUAACACUUCGCAUCGGUAAUAUAC